AUGCAAAUCUGGCACAUGGAACCUUAUCCGUGCGGUGAUAGACGUUUACCGCAUCAUGUGUUUCCGCCAAAAACCUAUACACCAGAUCAAUUGCAAACAUUGACUGGAGUUGUCCACUACAAGGUUGAUAUGGAUGAUACAGUUGCAAUGAAGAAAAGACUGUCACGUGUACGUAUUGAACGUGACGUGACCACAUCCGAUAUUAUCACCAUAAAUGAGCAUCUCGCUGAUCUUUCACAGAAGUUAGAAGAAUUUUUUGAACCGGUUACAAAAAAAGAGGAUGCGAUAUUCUUGUUGAUGGAGGGUGGCGCUUACUAUGAUAUUGAAUUGAAAGAGGAUGACUGGAUUAGGAUACAUUUAGAACGAGGUGAUUUGAUUGUUAUUCCAGCUGGUCGAACACACCGAUACACUUUAACACCGACGGUUCGUUUUGUAAAAUUUUUUUUUUAG